AACACUCGUGGACGCGUUGCGCUCCUCGCAACCCGGGUCUAGCCGACGCUGCGUGUUCUCGCCCCGCGAGCUCGCCCUCCCCUCCUCCCUUCCCCCCGUAGGCCCAGCCCCCGCACACCCACCCACCAUCCGGCGAGACCAGUGAAGCCCCGCUCGGACUAUGGCCUGCGGUGGCUCUGACAAGAACUCGUCGGUGCCCUCUAACACCAACGUGAGCCUCGCGGGCAGCAGCAGCAGCGACAGCAGCCGAGACAGCCAAACAGCUGAUAGCAGCAGUCAGAAGUCCGAGGAAUUCCCCAGACAGAGAAGUGGUGGUAUUCCCAGGGCACUCUCUACAUUUAGGACAGAAAUUUCAUCUUCCUACCAUGAUUCGUUUAGAUCAAUUUCAACAGAGCGUGGAAUUCACGUGGCAUUGCAGACAGAAAUGAGUUGGCUUCAAGAUCAAUAUGAGAAAAGAAUCUUUCUAGGAAAAGACACCUUAUCCCAAGAAGAGAAGAUUCAGGAAAUAACGCCAGAGUACAAGAAAAAGAAAAGGAUUAAAAAUUUAAAGCAUGCACUCCAAAAAAUAGCAGUAAUUCGUGCUUUUGGUCCCUUUCAACAUGAAGAUGUCUCUCCUACCUCUUAUUGCCCAUUAACCCGAGCACGAUGGAUGAUAAAUGAGAAGAUGCAGCAAUUAGACAUUCUGUGUGACAUGGAGUUUAAAGAAGACUUCGAAAUGUUUUUUGAACCGCUUCUGGAAACAAUCCCAAAGGUUGGACCACCGGCCAUUCUAGCUUAUAAACCAGAGCCCCCUCCACAAGAUGUAAUUCUUGAGUGGGACACGGAGUACUCUGCCUGCUGUGAGUUUUGUGGAUGUGAACUGAGACCAUUUCCUUCCCUGGAUGAUAUUGAUUUUGACCCUGAAACCUAUGAGAAUCUCUUCUGUUGUCUUGAGUUCAAGAAGCUAUUUGAAUAUGUUCUCCAUGAAAGGAACCUAAUCGAAAGUAUGUAUCCAAAAUCAGAUUUAAUCUCCAUCGAGCCCCAUGCAGCCUUUGGCAGUGAGCAGGAGAGACUCAAAGCAAAAGAAACAGCACUUCGGAGACAGCAAGAGAGACAGAUGGCCAGAACCUUUGCAUUCAUGGCAAAUGAGCCAGAUGAGGUCGGUGUAAAGCAGCUUAGGACAAUAACAUACCAACUUGCCCGGAACCCCUCAAUAAAAAUACUGGUGGAUGAAGACUUAGGUGAUUCACUUGAGGAUCUAUGUGCAUUUUCUAUUGACUCUGGUGAUAUUUGGAUACUACCUUGCAUAAAGAAAAUAGAAAAGGAGUUCCUGGAAAAACACUACAAACAUGGAGGAAAGUUCCUGACUAUGUUUCCAGAUGGCACAGCACAAAUAUUCUACCCCUCAGGAAAUUUAGCAGCAGUCCUUGUGACCAACAGAGUGAAAGGUUUAAUUUGUGUGAUCCAAGAAGAUACAACAAACAAACCAGCAAUUAGGGCAAUAUUUGAUUCCAGUGGCAAAAUUACCUGCUACUAUCCCAAUGGAAACAUUUGGGUCAACAUCAACCUCUUGGGAGGGCAAUUUUCAGACCAAGAAGGCAACCGAGUGAGGACGUGGAAAUGGUCCAGUACCAUGACUUCAUUGCCCUUGAUUUCAUUUAAACCAAUAUUUCUGUCUUUAAACAAUUACGUGGGCGUCCGGAUAUUAGAUCAAGACAAAGUUAUUGUCUCUUUUCUAGCACUGGGGCAACAGGCAAGAAUGAAUGUGGGAACCAAGGUGAAGGUGAGGAUCUAUGAAGAGGUACCUAAGCUCAGGUAUUUCACUGAUGAGGACCUUUUUCUGCUUGCAUUCAUCAUAAAGAUUCGACGUUUGCUGAGCAAAAUUGAGAUUUUUGUGAACUUUCCCAGCAUUGAGAACUGGUAUAAAUUGAAGACACCUUCCUACCUGGCAACUCGUGCUGUGAAAUUACUUUCGCUCUGUCGGUAUUAUGAGUUGGGUAAAGAUGCUAUUUCAAGAAUCACUGCAUUAUUAAAUGAACCAAUUUAA